UGGCUGCGUUGGGUGUGGCCAGAAAGAUCCAUGCUCAAGAAUCUCAUCGAGGCAUCCACGCAUCAGAGACACACACACGGAGGCGGUCCCUGUCCCGGCAUUAACCUUCAUAUCUUCAACUCCCCAGAGUCUCCAAACAUCCUACUUCCAAGGCUGCAGGCUGCCGGGAGCUCUCCUAUCACAGAAAGCUGCAGCAACCCAGUCCAAGCAGUCCCCAAGUCUGUGUGACAGCACCAAAGAAAGCGUAUGCCAAGCCCAGGUCCGGCGCAACUGUGCGGUAAUCCUCACCACCUAUCGACCAUUUUGUUGGUGUCUGACGGGUUGCGGUUCUCCUGCCUUUUUCUUUUCUUUUCUUCUGUUUGCCCACCUCACCACCAUCUACGGAUAGUAGCGAAACGUUGUUCGAUUUCUCGUCUUGCAUUUCCACCAACCGCGUCACGACAUACAUCGCUCCCCUAAGAUCCACGCUGCAUUUUGUCCGAUAGGGAAAACAUUGCAUGGGCUGCAUUCAGCCAGGCCCGCGGUAAGAAAGCAUCUACUCACGGUGGUUGGCCCAUCACUACAGUAGUUCGUCAGCAAGGGCGGCGGACGAGCCACCCAACGAGCCAACUGGAAGCUUGAGUCCCGACCGAGAUCUGGACCACGGCAAGCUGCUGAGCUGCUGCAACUGGAACUGGAAACUUACAGGUGGUUGGCCAAGCAUUCGAGGUCAACUAACUCAACUCAUUCUUCGCCCACUCUCCCUCCCACUGCAGAUAUUCCGGUGUCUGCUGUCGCUGGCUGUCUGGAGGUUGUAUUGUUGAUCUGCCAGCCCCCUUUUGGACAAGCCUGCGUUGGACGGCCCACCCGGACGACAGGUCUUCGCCACACUUCCGCACCCCCCUGCCAUCUGCUGUCCAGCAGCGUCUCAUAUCGCAGGCACAUUUUUGGCUGACGCUUUUUCACCUUCGCUGUCUGGGACCUGCUUCUGCCUUUUCUGACAGAGCACUUGGCGCAUUCAUCUUUUCCACUCACCAAGGGAAUGUGUUUGCGGUGAUCGACCUGCUUCCUGUUCAGCCUGUGCCUGUGCCGCCCUCAGGAACCCCACCACGAAUCCCGGAAGACCCAGGGAGACGACAGGGAAGCCAGGGGGAAACGACAAGCUCUGGGUUGCUUCCCGUCGCCAUCUUUUUUUUCUUCCCACAGAAACCCAACCUUGCGACCGAAGAGAAAAAAAAGCCGCUAUCCGGGGCCCCUUGGUGCAAUCAUCAUCACAAGACAACACGCUUUUCUGGCUAACGAGCACGAGCACCAGCAAGCUUUCGAAUGAUCAGCCUCCGCCGGCCCCUUUUCUCCCUAUCCUCCUGCCCCUCUCCCUCUCCGACCACUCUCUUUUGUCCCUAGCUCAAUCAUUCCCAAACGCCGCCGCCGGCUCCCCGCACUUACCCCUGCCGCGGACUCGGUCGUCUCAGCCUCACCGGGCAAGCCCACGCAUAUCUACCCUGAACCCCUCGCCUGUGCUCCCGCAUCUGGUUGCACUCUUGCAUCACCCUCCCUCACCCACCACAGGCACCUCUCACCAUGGCUGCAGCGUUUCGCCCAGUCAACACACCGCUCCUGGCAACGGACUCCAUCAAACAUGAAAUACCCCCUUCUUCCACGACUUUGACGGCGACAACCACGACAACAACAACGAUGACGACACCGAGACCGAGCACAGCGCCUUCGCAGGCUUCACGGCCUGUUGACGAAGCCACAACACCAACACGAGUAAACUUUGGAACAGGCGCACUCGCAUCUCAGAAACCACUUCCGACAUCACCAUUUCCCGAGUCGGUACAAGUCCCCGAACCCACGACGGAAUCCACACCCAAGCGAGAAAAUUCGCAGCACUCGAGGAAGUCUAGGGACUCGGACGACAUGGAUAUGGAUGACUCAGAUGGAGAACACGGUGAGGAAGUUGGAUCAGACGACGACAGCGAGAACGCCGACGGAACCAAGUCGAAGAAGAAAAAGUCGCAGCGAUUCUAUUGCACGGAUUAUCCACCGUGCAAUCUGAGCUUUACCAGGAGCGAGCAUUUGGCCCGCCAUAUCAGAAAACACACUGGAGAACGCCCCUUCCAAUGCCACUGCUCCAGACGAUUCUCUCGACUCGAUAACUUGAGACAACAUGCACAAACAGUGCAUGUGAACGAAGAUAUUCCGAUUGACUCGCUCGCAGCGACAGGAACACGAUUUCAGAGACAGAUUAGGACCGACAGGGUGCGGCCAACGACUGGCAGGGCGAGAGCGGCGACAGCUGGCAGUGUUGGACCUGGGGGUCGAGGACACUCGAAAUCUCUGUCAACAUCUAGCAUCACAAGCAUGGCUUCGAUAGCCUCGGCCUAUGGUGGUGGUGAGGCACGCCGGCGUCCGCCUCCUCUGGUCAUGGCCGACCCCCGAUCCCGACUUUCUCUCGAGUCAUAUCGCGGACCGGAUGGCCAAUACUAUAGGGCCGCCUCACCGGACAUGAGCACUCCCACAUCAGCCACAUUUUCGACAGGCCAAAAUAGCCCUCGAUGGGGUCCGGUGGCCUCUCCUGGUUCAUCACACUCACGCUCGCAUAGCAUGUAUGCUGCCGCCGGGUCCCGCACCCCAGGCCGCCGACUAAGCGUUCCGUCUGGAGGAAACCCGUUCCAAUCGCCUCAUGCCCCCAGUCUCCGCGGCCCGCUGUUUGGCCCUUCGCUCAACGCGUCCAACAGCGGUGCCUUUUCUCCUGGCCAAAAUGGUCUUCUCUCAUCGCCCACAACGUCCACUUCAAACUGGUCAAGGCGGGAUUCAGUGUCGACGGCCGAUGAGGCCUGGCGACGACGAACGUGGCACCCCGAUACCGCGGGCUUCAACGGGGCAAGCAGAUUGAGCCAGGUCAUCACUCCAUCUCAGUUCCCGCCCGACAGCAUUAAGCUUCCACCCGCCAAUACCGGAAACCAACCACCUCAAACACUGCGGCUGCCCGGUAUCGAGUCUUUUGAUCCUAUCCCGCGGAGACCGCCCACACCUCCCCGCCGCAACCCGUCCCCGAUGAUGAUCGACUCGGAGGCAUCGCGGCCCCCAGCUUUGUUACCGGCCGGUGACCUCGGUUCGGAUGACCGAAGGCCUAGCUCGCAGUGGGAUAUGGGCUUGCAUCGGGGCAUAACAAGACUUGACAUCAACACGCCACCUCGGGAUAGCGCGGGAGCAUGGGCCAACGAAGCCACUCAAGCCCUGAUGGCUCGCGCUGAGCAAGCCCAUGCCGCACCCAUGCAACCUACCGUCCGGUUCGAACAAGAUCUGAGGCCUCCUCAGGGCCCGCCACCCAUCAAUGUGGCCCCUCCUGUCGGCUCUAGGCAUCACUACACAAUGUCGGCUCCAUCCAUCACCACACCUCGUGAGUCCCGAAGACAUGGAUGGUAUCACGGUCCAGUGCCUACCCACCCUGUUGAGGAGACCAUCCAUGAAGGCCGCCCACAUGUUGAUCGGAUUGUUCACCCCAACGUUCGUGGUUUCCAGGGAUUCCCUGCCAGGGAACAACAGCUUGGCAUCCACCAACAACAGCCAUCCGGCCCCAGCAUGGAGCGGAUCCUGGAGCGGCCAAUGUCGCGGGGCGACAACCCCGAGUCUCUGCGGCGGUUGCAGGCUCUUGUGGCCGUCGCCACAAGCGAAGGCUCGACGGCAACGGCAUACUGAGGCCCCCCAGCUUGAUGGGGAGAUGACAUCUACGAAUCACGAAUUGGAAUUACUGCAUGGCGUCUGGACCUCGGAAAUACACGACUUGGAUUAGCGCGGAGGCCGUUUUGCUUUUGAUACCCGUUCUCUCACCCGCCUACACUCGCUGCAUCCAACGGUUUGGGCUAUACAGAUAUGAUCACUCAUUUUCUUUUGGCAUUUGAUACCACGCUCGCUGCAUACAUACACAUCUGGAUACUGGGAAUGGCGGUCUUUUUCUUUUUGGAUGUCAGCAGGCACUACACAGGAUACUAGGGGUCGGUCAUCUUUUGUUGCAAUUUAGAGGAUUCAUUUCUGUUUUCUUAUUUCCUUUUUGGGUCUGGGUUUUAUGCCAAGUUAUGACAAUUUUCUUGUUGUUUUCCUUUUGUGUUACGACGAAAUGACAACCAACGGUUCCAGGCCAUGGCACUCUAGUAUAGGGAUACCCAUCUUCUCUACUCUCGGAUACGGGGCGGCAUGCGGUACAUGGUCGGGUUGGGAACUUUUGGGCACCUCUUCAAUGGAUGCUAUUCUUUUACGCAGUUUCUUGCAGGUGAUGGCACGGUGAGAUGUGAUGACGAUGCCGGCUACCACGAUAUGAGACUACGACACUACGUUAUGGAUAAGGAGGCAGUGCUGCUCUUGCGACGCAACGAUGACACGACAACAAAGAUUUAGCGCUGCAUUUUCUCCUUGCUGUUCCGAUUGUCGAAUAUUGGUUGGUCUCUACUGUCGCAUUCUGGUCGAUGUCGUCAGGGGGGUGUUGGGUUGCUUGGUCGGUCAGUCAGGCACCGUCCUUGCUGCAGAGAUGCCCGUUAUAUGGGGAUGGUGGCUUGGUCAGGGGUUGGCGGGGAACUUUUGGGAAAAGAUGAUCAGGGGAGGUGGAUAAGACUGAGAAACAUGAUCGCUAUGUUCUCCCAGGUUGUCUUGAGGUCCUCUUUUGGUGGUCACUUAUGG